UAGAAAACGGUAAUGUGCUGCUGAGAACUUCACAGCUUUCGGCAACAAUGCUGUUGUCUCUCUCAGUUUCAGUUUCAAAGUUAUUAACCCUAACAAGGUAUGCUUUCUCUCUUUCUUCCAUUCCCAAUUUUCUUCCAAUUUCUUCUUCAAACACUUUCCUUCUUUCAUUCUCUUCUCAUUCUCGUUUCAAUUCCAACGAAUUUGAUGUUAAUCAUGCUGUUUCCUCAUUCCAUCACAUGCUCUCUAUUAAUCCUACACCAUCCAUUGUUGAAUUCAACACAAUUUUAACUUCUUUUGUUAAGAUGAAGCAUUAUCCCACUGCUAUUUCUCUUUCUCACCUAUUGGAAUUCAAUGGAAUUAUGCCUGAUAUUUUUACUUUUAAUAUCUGGAUUAAUUGUUACUGCCACUUAGGUCAAAUGAAUUUUUCAUUUUCUAUAUUGGGAAAGAUUCUCAAGAUGGGAUUUCAGGAAGAUACCAUAACCUUGAAUACUCUUAUGAAAGGUCUUUGUCUUAACAAUAAGAUUCGGGAAGCUCUGCACUUUCAUGAUCAUGUGGUGGCAAAGGGAUUUCAGUUGGAUCAAGUUAGUUAUGGGAUCUUGAUCAAUGGGUUGUGUAAAAUGGGGGAAACAAGACCCGCGCUGCAAUUGCUGAGACGAAUUGAUGGGAAAUUGGCCAAUGCUGAUGUGGUAAUGUUUAGCAUAAUCAUUGAUAGUUUUUGUAAAGAUAAAUCUAUAAACGAUGCCUACGAGUUGUAUGUUGAGAUGAUUGCAAAGAGAAUUUCUCCUAGUGUUAUCACUUUCAAUAAUCUAAUAUAUGGAUUUUGUAUUGUUAGUCAAUUGAAAGAAGCAUUUGGUUUGUUUCAUGAAAUGGUAUUGAAAAACAUCAACCCAAAUGUUUAUACUUUUACUAUAUUGGUUGAUUCCUUAUGCAAGGAAGGAAAGGUCAAAGAAGUUGUGAAUGUGUUGGCUAUAAUGAUAAAAGAUGGUGUAAAACCGAACGCUGUAAUGUAUGGUGCUUUGAUGAAUGGGUAUUGCUUAGUUAAUCAAGUGAACAAGGCCAUAAAAAUAGUCAACACUAUGGUGCACAAGGGAGUGGUGCCGAGUGUUCGGUGCUACAAUAUCGUUAUUAAUGGAUUGUGCAAGAAUAAAAUGGUGGACGAAGCCAUGAACUUGUUUAAAGAAAUGCAUAACAAGAUGAUUGUUCCUGAUGUAGUAACUUAUAGUACCCUUAUUGAUGGUUUGUGUAAAUCGGGGAAAGUCUCUUAUGCUUGGGAACUUGUUGAUGAGAUGCAUCGUAUAGGUCUGCAGGUUGAUGUAAUCACUUUUAAUUCUCUAUUACAUGCUUUGUGCAAAAAGACUCAUCUUGACCAGGCAAUUGCAUUGGUUAAGAAAAUGAAAGACCAAGGUAUUCAGCCAAAUAUGUCCACAUACAAUAUAUUGAUUGAUGGACUAUGCAAAGGUGGAAGGCUUAAGAAUGCACAAGUGGUGUUUCAUGAUCUUUUGACUAAAGGCUACCAACUAACUGUCUGGACAUAUAAUAUUAUGAUAAAUGGGUUUUGUAAGGAUUGCUUGUUUGACGAAGCACUUGCUUUGUUAUCAAGAAUGGAAGACAAUGGUUGUAUUCCUGAUGUUGUAAGUUAUGAAACAAUUAUUUAUGCCCUCUUUGACCAAGAUGAAAGAGAUAAGGCAGAAAAACUUCUACAUCAAAUGAUUUCUAGAGGUCUAUUGAAAAAGCAAAACUAGCUUGUUGCUCAAGAAGCAUAAUUUGAGAAGAAUAAGAAGGUUUUUCUAUGUGAUGCAUUGUCUGUUCACUCAGCCUCCAGUCACUGUCACUAUUAAGCUUUAUGGUGACUUGUCUAUUUGCAUUGUGAAUUAUAUUUUUGUUAUCUGCUAAAAACCUUGUUUUUGUAAAUGCAAUUACUUAAUUUUUUAAAUGUGAUUUAGGAGUUAUAACAUGAUUUUUAAAGCUCCAUAUUGGGAAAAAAGACCUUGAAGCUCCAUAUAAUCAAGACAGUGGUGCUGGUUUGUGUGGUCAAGAAGUCCCUGAGUUAUGUAAUGAAAUUGUUAAUUUUAUUGAUUUUCUCUUGCCUCUUUUUAUUUGCAAUCUAAAGCCAUGAGGAUACAAAUUAAUUUUUAAGUUAAUGAGAAUGUAUUUGAUGUGAGGCUUAAAGUUUAACUAUGUUGUCUAAUUGAUGUAUAGGAGGAGUAAUGCCUCCACUGCCGCACAUCAUCAGUCACCCUUUGUUGAGUUCUUCAGGUACUCAACAAAUGCAACUCAGAGUAGCACGUGAAAGGAUAUUGUUGGAAUAUUAUAAAAUAUCUUAUAAUAUCUCGUAGAAUCAAUUUGUAAUUUUAGUAUAUUUUAGAUUAAUUUUAGGAUUAGUUUCUAUAUUUUAGUAUGUUAAUCCAAACAAGCAAUUUAACCUUCUAUUCUCUGUGAAUACUUGCUCUGUUUUUGUAUCUUUAAAUAGAAAAAGGCUCGACGGGAAAACAAAUUCUCAUUCCUUAAUUUUUUGUUGGUUUGGUUGAGAAAGACUAGUCUCUCUAAUUCCAGGAGGUUGUGUUAGUUUUCUUACAGUUAUUGGCUAAUUUUACAGAGAGAUUGUUAUUCACAA